CAGGUCUGUUGGUAUUCCCCUUCAGUAUGUUUAAGCUUACAGGAAAUAAACAGAAACAUUUUGAGUUUCGACGCACAAAGAAGUGGACAGAACACAGAGUCACUGGUUUGUCAUCUGUGAAUGUGGUCCAGGAGGAUUUGAGCCAUGAACGUUCCAAAGUGUCCCAUUUGUCAGCAGUCUGAUAUUGGCAUUCUGGAUGGUCAGCUCGCAGUCUGCAGGUCUUGCUCUAAAUCGAAGAGGUGUGUGUUCCAGUUUUGCUUGGCAUGUCAGAGGGAAUGGCCACAUAACUCUUCGACCACCAAAUCCUGCACGCUGCCGAACUGUGCGCUCCGUGCUGCUCUCCUCAGCGACACAAAAAUCAGUGACCCACAAAGCUCGGUGAGAGGAUGUCCAUACUUCAGGGCCUGUCCAGGUUGCAAGGCCCUGCUUACACACAAUGGAAGAGGCUGUCCCAACAUCGUCUGCCCUCAUUGUGGUAGACACAUCUGCUUCCGGUGUCUGCGUGAAAGGUGCUUUGGGGAAAUAAAUAUUGGCGCCUUUGCGCUUCUUAGACGGUCCUUCAUUUUAGAUGAUGUAAGUCCAUGUAGAGUGGUGGACAACAAGCAGAAUCUCACAGUUUUGGGACUGUAAUGAGAAAGUUUUGAACACAAAAAAGAUGAAUGACACAAUGCUGAAAUCUUACGUAAUGAAAAACACCCAGUUAAGGCCUAUCCUAUGCGAUUUGUUAAGGAAUACUGUAAACAUGUUAUUGUAAGAUUUGCUAUUCUUGUACAUGUUUAGAAACACUGAAAAACACUAGGUGCGUUCCAUUCGACCGUAAGUGGACAGCGAAGUGCACUUCACAAGGUAUUUCGCCAUCUUAAGUGAGAUUCCAAUCCGAAGGGAAUGAACAUCUUUAGUUCAAAGGGCACUGCAAAUGGCAUAGGGAAUAAGGGAACAUCGAUACAUUAUUUCACAGGAAGUAGAGAGCGAAAAUCAACCAACUGUCAUUGUGCACCACGUCACCAGUUUGAACUAACCAUAUUCAAAGCCGUUGGAAGAGAUUUUAAAUUUGAGUAUUUGAGUAUUCAUAAAUAUUGUUAUUAUUAUAUAAGCUAGAGUAUUUAUGAACAGUUGGUGUGAUGAAUGCUACAUUUUCCUAGUCUAUUGUAUGAAUAUCUACACAAAUGAAAAGUGUUGAGAAGCAGUCUAAUAAACGUAUACAAUAUUUAAUAUUGUAAUUUACAUCAUAAUCUGCGCGACCCCGUUGUUGCCUUUCUUUGAUGACGUUGCAGGGCAUUCCAAAUGAGCGAUUAUUGUCAGCAAAGUCCACCAUAACUGAUCUACGGUGUUCAGGGAUUAGGGAGCUGUGAACACUGAGCAGGGACCUUGUCGAAUGAAACCCACCUUCGAUUUAACGAAUGUAUCCUGGAUUAUUUAGAAAUUUUUCAGAUUAUCUUUUUUUUCCAAAUAUGAAAUGCUAAAUAGAAAUUAAUAUAAAUAAACAUCUUUUUGAAAUCUUACAAAAUCUUUGUUAAUACACCAAAAUUAUAAUCUUUGUAAUAUUAUUAUGUAUGCAUAUGUAUACUUGCAUAACAGCAACUUCUGAGACACAGCACACAGUGCAGUUCACACCUUACUUUUACAGUCUCAUCACACCCCCUGCUCCCCCUCACCCAGAACUCACUGUUUGGCAUCCUUUUAAGUGUCUCGGUGCGCCUGGUAAAAUGGUCUCAUUCUCCCAAAUUUAAUGAAAUGCUACAAGAAGAUGUAAAGUUUGAUAAAAGUUAUGUGACCCAUAAAGGUGUUCCCUCCCCCAGAUCCUCCAUUAAAACUAUCUGCUGUAUCUAAAACAAGAAUCAAUUCAAACUGUGAACCCCCUAUAGGGGACCCAAAUCUAAUUAUAAUGACAAGACUAUUUGGUAAAGAAUAUUGAAAAUCUGGGUUUAUAAGGAAAAGGAGCAGAAAAGUUUGAGGAGUCUGUAGGUUGACUGCCCACACUACUGCUGUGUGUGAUUUUCAUUGGUAAUCAUUUUUCCAAAUUCCAUGAUUUCUGAAUUGUUGAUCUGAUAUGAUUUACUGUUGAUUUCAUGAAUUGGAUUUUGAAUUAUUGCUUGAUUACUUGGUCAAUAAAUUGUAAAUGUUUGAUUUUA